CAGAGCAGAGGACUUGCUCCACUAUUCGUUCAGCUAAUCGCCGGCGCGGCCACCUAAACUUCAAGGUGCAGCGUUCAAUCGCCAUGGUGAAGCACAACAACGUUGUGCCCAGUUCCCACUUUAGGAAGCACUGGCAAAACUAUGUAAAAACUUGGUUCAACCAGCCAGCCCGCAAGCACAGGAGAAGAAUCGCAAGACAGAAGAAAGCUGUGAAGAUUUUCCCGAGGCCCACUGCUGGUCCCCUUCGUCCGAUUGUCCAUGGGCAGACCUUGAAGUACAACAUGAAGGUCAGAGCUGGUAGGGGAUUCUCUCUGGAGGAGCUGAAGGCUGCAGGAAUCCCGAAAAAACUUGCCCCAACUAUUGGCAUCUCGGUCGAUCAUAGGCGCAGAAACCGUUCCUUGGAGGGUCUUCAGACCAAUGUUCAGAGGUUAAAGACAUACAAGGCUAAGCUUGUUGUCUUCCCAAGACGUGCGCGCAAGUUUAAGGCUGGUGAUUCUACUGCCGAGGAGUUGUCUACAGCCACACAAGUUUCUGGUCCUUACCUGCCGAUUGUACGUGAGAAGCCGAAUGUUGAGCUCGUUAAGGUCACUAAUGAGAUGAAAUCGUUCAAGGCUUAUGACAAGCUUCGACUGGAGAGGAUGAAUGAGCGUCAUGUUGGUAUUAGGGCUAAGAGGGCAGCUGAGGCUGAGAAGGAAGAGAAGAAAUAGUCGAAGAGAGGGGUAAGAGAAUCGAGUGUUUACGGGUCUGUUAGUCUUGGAUUUGUUUUUGUUACGUUUUUGUCGUGUUUGCAAUGAACCUUGGACCUUUUAAUUAAUUUAUCUGAAUUUUAUUUGAGAUAUUUAGUACCAACAUGUCUUCAGUGUACUGAUUUUUAUGAGAUACAACUUCAAUCUUGUAAUGUUUUCAUGUUAGCUUAUUUUUACUGGCCUUGUUAUUUGGUUGAUCUUGAUCAUAU